UCCACCAUGCUGCUGCAGCCACUCUCCACUCCUCUCCAAGUCCGUUCUUUAGCCGCAACGGGCAGUCUGGUCCGGGUAGUGUACCCUCUGCACACGCCGCGCAAACUCUUUUAACAAUGUGACUGGGGAAAAAGAAGGAAAGUAUCAGAUUGGCUUUGGUUUUUACUUGCUUUGUGGAAGUUUUUGAGCGAAAUAGUCGAGCCUGCAUCGUUUGGAGGGACUUCUACCGAGGAAGAAGUGCUUUUGGAGAUUUCACAGGACUCCUUCCAGCCUCCGUGACAGUAACUUGGCAGCAUGAGCCUGGUGGAUGUAAGGCCGUCGGCAGCCUCUCUGACCCUGCCUCUGUCCAGCAGCAGCUCUAAAGACAGGCUGGAUGAUAGUGACCCGGAGCACCUGCGCAGCCGGGCCAUGUCCCCAGACCUGAGGCAGGACUUUAACAUGAUGGAGCAAAAGAAGAGGGUCACGAUACUCCGGAGUCCAGUGUUUAAAGACGAACUUGAAGGCCUCAUCCAAGAUCAGUUAACAAAGGGCAACACCCCCACUGGUCUCUUGGCUUUGAGACAGAUUGCUGACCUGGUCAUGGCUAGCACCGUGGGAGGAGCUGGCCCUUUGACUUCCCCGAUCAGUUUAGGCAUGGUGACCCCCAUCAAUGACUUGUAUGGCAUCGAGUCGCCUUCAUUCGUAAAGGGGGAGAAACUGAAUCGCUGCAGGCUGGCCAGUCUUUACAGGCUAGUUGACCUCUUCAGCUGGGCUCGUUUUACAAGCUCCUAUAUUACCCUUCGUGUGAGUAAGGAGCAGGACCACGUUCUCAUCAGCCCACGUGGUCUGUCUUUUGCUGAAGUAACAUCUGCAAAUCUGGUGAAAGUGAACAUCGUCGGGGAUGUGGUCGAUCAAGGUUCUACUGAUCUCUCCAUCGACCAUUUUGGCUUUGGGCCUCAUGCAGAGAUUUACUCUAUGCGCCCUGAUGUGAGAUGCAUUAUCCACCUGCACACCCCUGCUACUGCUGCUGUGUCCUCCAUGAAAUGUGGAAUCCUGCCCAUUUCCCAGGAGGCUUUGCUUCUGGGAGACGUGAGCUGUUUUGGUUACCAUGGUAGCCUGGAUAAUAAAGAGGAGAAGGUGGAGUUUCAGAAAGCUCUGGGCCCUACUGCCAAGGUAAUGAUUCUGAGGAAUCAUGGACUGCUUGCUUUGGGUGAGACCGUGGAAGAAGCCUUCCAUUACAUGUAUCACUCCCAACAGGCCUGUGAAAUCCAGGUGAGUGCUUUGGCAUGCUCUGGUGGAGUGGACAACCUUGUGCUCCUGGAUAGAGUGAAGUUCAAACCCCUGACGCAGGGCGUGGCAGCUGCUGGGGUGCUGGUGGAGAAUGAGGUCAAAUGGAAAGUGGGAGAGGCGGAGUUUGAGUCACUGAUGAGGAUGCUGGACAACUUGGGAUACAGGACGGGCUACUCCUACAGAAACCCCAUUGUCCGUGAGAAGCCGCGCUCAAAGAAUGACGUCGAGAUUCCUGCCACUGUCUCUGCUCUCCCAUCAGAUGAGGAUGACCUGGGCCUAUGCAGUCCAUUGAAGUAUAUUGUGCAAAAACAACAGAGAGAAAGGACGCGCUGGCUCAACUCCCCUAACAGUUACUUAAGGGUCAACGUUCCAGAACACUCACCCUAUGGAGAUGUCAGCCCUAGAACCCGAACUAUGUGGAUGAAGUCUGCAGACCCAGGAAACAGCAGUGGGACUCCAAUCAAGAUUGAAGAUCCAAAUCAGUUUGUCCCAUUAAAUACUGAUCCCACAGAAGUCAUGAACAAGAGGAACAGGAUAAAAGAACAACACAGAGGAGACCUGAUGACCUCAGGACCAAAGUCUCAACUACUUGCCGACAUUGUGGUGGAUACAAUACCAGGACCGGCCUUCAUUUAUGAGGAUGAAGAACAUGUGCGCUCCCUACCCCCUAACCCCUUCAAUGAGGUCACAGAGAAAGUGCUGGAGGAAUACAAGAAUCUGGUGGAGAAGAAAAAGCUGGGGCGAGAAGAUGAGGACGAUGCUACAGAUGCAGAUGAAAUGACCACAUUUGAUGGCUCUACUAUCUCCCUCUCCCUGUCCCCUAUAAUGACUCCAGCAAAAGACAUUAUUCUCAAUGGGAAGGAUCACUUCACAGAUGUAGAUGAAGAUCUCAGUAUUGAGGUGUCCAAACUGAGCAUGAGCACUUCAGAAAGUAUGGAGGUUUCCAUUACAACAAAAGAGAAAAGUGGAGAGAUCCAGACGCCUGAGAGUCAGACCAAAUCCAAGAAGAAGAAGAAGGGGUUCCGGACUCCUUCCUUCCUGAAAAAGAGUAAGAAGGAAAAGAAGGACAAAGAGAAAGAGAUAGAGAAGGUCGAUUCGUGAGGACAUUAUGUAAGCAGAAGAGAGAGUUAGAAAAUGGAAGUCAGUGUGGAAAACUAAAAUGGCUUUAGUUGGCAGCUUCCCUCUAUUAUAUAUCACAUAAACAUUUAUUACAAAGGAAGCUAAUUUAUAUGAACAGUUUCAUAUGUGGAAAUACGUACGUUCUUGAAAAGGCAUUUAAAAUGAAGCCAUGAGUUAUUACUAGUUUUGUAUCUAUUGUAAAUCUGAAAAAGUUCACACAGAUUAUUUGGACCUGUUAGCCUUUUGUUACUGUUUGCACAAGUCCUUAUAUGAAUGUAAUCUCUAAGCAAAAGAAAACUGUUAAACAAUUUUAGCAUCCCUUUAUCAGUAGAGUGUACUAAUCUAUACUUAUAGCCUUUUACAAAGUAAGAUUUGUAUUUAUUGUUGUUACCUAAAAUAAUACUGUGUGUUGGGAUUUAACACUAAUGUUUGGUGAAUUUACAUAAUUACUGUACUCCAGUUUAUGUGACUUAUUAAUAAUAACUUUCAUUUAUGUCCCAGCAAUAUUAUUUGUUUGGUUGCUGCUUUCUGGUAUUUGCAACACUGAUAGUGGUCACAUGAGCUGAAGCAAUGCUGAAUGCUUUAAACUUGAAGCUGUAAGUGUGAAUCACAAAUGGAUCAGAUUUGAUCUGAGAGAGCAAGUGUGGAGCUGAAACUACAGCAAGUUGUGCAGUGAAUUGUUUGUGUGUUUUAUAAAACAUUUAGGGGACCAUCUUUUUGUAUCCCUCUCAAUAAUGUGAACGAUUUUGUUUUUGACCCAAAGGGAGUGAAAUCUUUGUACAUAAUUAAAUGUGAAGUUCUUUUUACACUAAACCAAAUGUAGAUGUAUUGUGACAGUACAAUCUUCCUUUAUUCACUUACAAACUUAUCCUGACACUUUUGUAUUUAGCUUGAUAAAUCUUAUUUACUGAACAUACAGUAUAGAGAGCACAUGGUGUUUACAUAGUGUAUGGCCUGUCUAAGUCUAGUGCCUAGUGUUUGUAUAUCCUCUAUUGUGUACCAUGCUCUUGCCUAAGGUUCUUUUCUUUUUAAUUGCAGCUGCCUUAAA